GUUGUCUGGUGAAUCGUUUCGCCCGGUUCAUUUAGAAGAGUCGUUCAAAAAAGAGCGAUUCGUUCAUGAAUCGCCCAUCACUACAGACUUGCUGGAGAAGCAUCGGGAAGACCGUUAGUUAAAUAGCUGCUCUCUUCUGGCCGGCAUACUAAACCUACAGACAUGGCAAAGGAAGGACUGGAGAUGACAGAGGAGACCGAACACAUGAUAGAGAAGAACGUGGCGAAGGAGCCGGACAGCGCCGUGUGUGCGGCGGAUUCGAAAGAGAUGCGGGCUGUGCUGCUGACAGGCUUUGGAGGGCUAAACAAACUCAAAGUGACCAAGAAGCUAAUGCCUGAGCCCCAGGAAGGAGAAGUGAAGAUCCGAGUGAAAGCAUGCGGGUUGAAUUUCCUGGACCUUAUGGUGCGUCAAGGGAAUAUUGAUAAUCCUCCUAAAACACCACUCGUGCCUGGAUUUGAAUGUUCUGGAAUAGUGGAGGCUAUGGGCGAAAACACGAAAGGCUUUGAGAUUGGUGACCGGGUGAUGGCCUUCAUGAACUAUAAUGCUUGGGCUGAAGUGGUCUGUACACCGCUGGACUGGGUUUAUAAGAUACCUGAUGAGAUGACUUUCCCUGAGGCAGCUGCCUUCUGCAUGAACUUCGUGGCCGCCUACAUGAUGUUGUUUGAAGUGUCCAAUCUCCGGGAGGGGAUGUCUGUAUUGGUCCACUCAGCGGGAGGUGGAGUGGGUCAAGCUGUAGCUCAGCUGUGUUCCACCGUUCCCAAUGUCACUGUUUUUGGCACAGCCUCUCCCUUCAAACAUGAAGCCAUUCGUCACUCUGUCACUUACCUGUUUGAUAGAAACGUCGACUACGUAGCAGAAGUUAGAAAAAUCUCUCCAGAAGGAGUGGACAUUGUUCUGGAUUGUCUGUGUGGAGAGAACACAGGGAAAGGCCUGGGUCUACUGAAGCCCCUGGGCACCUACAUCCUCUACGGUUCUUCAAACAUGGUGACGGGAGAGACGAAAAGUUUCUUCAGCUUGGCCAAAUCUUGGUGGCAGGUUGAGAAGGUUAAUCCCAUCAAACUCUAUGAAGAAAACAAAGUCAUGGCUGGAUUCUCGCUCCUCAACCUCCUCUUCAAACAGGGGGGCUGCAGCCAAGUGAAGACUACUGUACAGAAGCUACUUUCACUCUACAGUGAGAAGAAGAUCAAACCUAUAGUGGAUUCUCUGUGGGCUCUGGAGGAGGUGAAGGAGGCCAUGCAGAGAAUCCAUGACAGAGGGAACAUAGGCAAGUUGAUUCUGGAUGUGGAGAAGUCUCCCACUCCUUUGAUGGCCAGUGACAGCACGGAGACCAGCGAGGCAGGUGAGGAAGAGGAGGAGCACGAGGGGGACAAUGACAACAAGGAGCGAAUGCCCUUCAUCCAGUAGGCCUUUCUAUUUCAGUCCAGGCGCGGACGCUCCCAUGGAACAAAAGACUGUCACUGGACCAGGACCCCAUGCUGUCGUGAAGUGUAUGAACGUGCGUCUGUCGUCCGUCUGAGCUGUGCAGUGUUUGAAAGUCUAAAACCCUUUUUGCUUAUUGUCCAACUCAAGUGCCAUUCCUAGCACAGUAUUGAAAUGUCAGUGUUCUUUCCUUUCAGAAGUAUUGUUUGAAGUUUCUAUAGAUGUUCUAUGAUGGUGAAGAAAGAAAGAGACAAAGAGCGCAAAAUUUUGUGUGUAAGUUGCUAUGGUAUUGAAUUAGUGAGGAAAGAAAGGGAAAAAAAAACAAGCAUAUGUCUGUGUUCAGGAAAUAGGUUGUGCAUUUAAGUUCUCAUUCAAGUUUAUUUAUGAGGGGGUUAGUUGCUGGUACUUGGCAAGUUAUUCCAGUAGCCGAACAUUAUUCAGUUUUAGAAUAGCCAAUUUCCGUUGAGCUCUCUCUUUGUAGUUUUCUGUCGCAGUCUAUUAACAGCCAUGUCCUCUGUGUCCCUUCUAAGACAGUUUUCAUAGUGCCUUUGGCACACAACAAGCAGGAGCGAGAACACAGCAAAUUCCUUUCUUUUUCCGUUUUGUAUCUCAUAAAGAAUUGAUGUGAGGUAUUGCAGUAAGCUGUUUUGAACCACUCUUUGAAGCCAAUUCCUAGUGGCAAACCCUGGGGAAAUGCAAUGGAGCUGAAUUUCAGAGUCAAAAUGAUCUUAUUUUGCCUGCAUGUGUAAUAUAUGUGUUUUUUAAUGUAGGACAUGUGUUGAGUUAUAGACUUAAGAAAUGCACAGAGUUGCCAGUUUAUUAUGUAAACCUACCAUGUAAGUAUACUCAAUGGUCAUUUUAUCAAGUGUUCCCACCAUGUAGGUGGACUUUAUAGGCUCACAAUUACGAACUGUAGCCCAUCUGUCGCUCUACCACAUUAAAGAUUCAGACCAACAUUAUAUAUGGUGGACUACAUUCAGCACAGCAGUGAUACCUACAUGGUAUUGGCAUGUUAGUGGGUGUCGCACUACUAUGAGUUUUUGUGCAUCUUAGAAGUGUGACUAGAGGAGGAAUAACACAAAUAGUGCUUGGAAAAAGAAAGUUGUAGUUUCUAACUGUACACAUGAAAGGUGGACCAACAAGGUAGAUUACUCUGCAAAAUCAGAGGUCAUUUUUCAGUCAGUGCAUUUUUAGUCAAACGUGCCAUUCAUUUUUCAGCGUGAGGCAAAAUAGCAGAAGACAUAUUUGACAGAAAAUUACACAGAAUCCUCAUAAAGUAAUUAUAUAUAUUUUUCAGCGUUUAGUUUGUCCACUCUGACUUUAUUACAACUUUCAUUCUUUUCAGGAGACUUGCUGUCAAGUUCAGUCUUUGAAGUUUUGGUUGCAUUUUCUUCUUACGAUCCAAGCACAUUCAGGAUGUUGAGGUCUGGACUCUAGGGUGGCCAGUCCAUUGUUUUGAGACCACAAGCAGCUUUCCUCAUCUUAAGAACAGCUUCUUUCAGACCCAUAGCAUUGAGUUGUCUUCUACAGUGACAGAUGGACAGAAAUGUCACUGGAAUUUUUUAAAAUUCAUUUUUAUUGCCCAUUUCCUUUCUUUAUGGAAUCUCAUAUCUAGUCUUAAAAAACGUAUGCCCAUUUUGAAUGGUUUGAUAGUAAAUAAAUUUGACCGUUUGAUGUUAAAUGAAUGGAGGCUGGUUUCUGUCUUUUACCCAGUACUGUAGGUAAGGCGAGUCAAGUGUACAGCAAAGUCCAAAAUACAGCUUUGUAGGACGAGCACAGCAUAUCACCAUGCCACAGCAAUGUCAGCGUCUUUACUGUGCUGAGAAUAGUCCACUGUGCAAGUGCUAUCUGAUCCGCGGUUGUCUUAUGGUGAUCCUUUUCCAUUGAUAAAUGAGAUGGAGGGGAUCUGAUACAUUUUGCAGCAACAGAUGGGCUGUUUGCAAGGGUGUAGAUGCAAGGACAAGAUGUGAGGACAGAGGAAUUGAUGCCAAAACAUGUUUGCCAAAUGAGAUUAAUCAUCACUUUUAUUGCUUGUUACUAGGCCUAAGGGCUCUGCCAGUAUGGAACGCAUAUAUCCUAUUAUCAAAUGACUAUUUACAUGAGCAUGCUUUAUUGAAACCACAUCAGCAAUUUCAGUUUGAUUAACAUUAACCUUUCACAGUAACACUUAAACUGUAAUCAUCAAAUAAAAACAAAGAGUGGAGAUGGAGAAAUUCUAUCACAAACAUACCCCAAUGAGCCAAAACAUACCUAAUAUGCUAUUGGUCCUCCGUGUACCGCUAAAACAGCUUCAGCCCAUUGAGACAUGUACUCUACUCAACCUCCGAAGGUACACUGCAGUAUCUGCCACCAAGACAUCAGCAGCAGAUCCUUUAUGUCCUGUGAUUUGAGGUCAUUGCAGAUCAGACUUUUAGCACAUCCCACUGAUGCUUGACUGGAUUGAGAUCUGGGUCAUUGAAGGCCAGGGCAACACAACACAGGGCAAGUGUUUAAGUGGGUGGCAUGUGUCAAAAUGAUGUCCACAUGAAUGUGGACCUGGAGUUUUCCCAGCAGAAUGUUACCCGGUCGCUGGUUUGUGGUCUGUCCCUCCUCAGACCCCUUUCAUUUAUACUCACCACUACUGACCAAGAACAUCCCCACUGGCCUUGCUGUUUUGGAGAUGCUCUGACCCGGUCAUCUGGCCAUAAUGUUUUGGUUCUUGUCAAAGUGGCUCAGCUUUUCAGUGUCCAGCACAUUGAAUCCAAGAAGCAAGUGUUGGGUUACCAACUAAUACGUCCCAGACCUUGACGUGACCUGUUAUUUAAGAAAUAAUCAACAUUAGUGAGGGUUCAUGGUGUUUUGGCUCAUUAGUAUACGUCACGUGCUACUACAAAGAAGGACUUUGUCUUAGGAUGCACUUGUUUUCUUUGCCCUGGAAGCCUCCUCCAUCCACAGUUCCUCUGAGCACAUUUGAAAAGCUGAUAACAUCUAUAAAGCAUGACAAAGAAAUCAAGGACACAUCAGUUAGCGUUUUGAGAUUCACCCUGUGAUAAACUGGCCAAUGAGUGUAACAUGCAAAGACAGGGCCUUAACUGCAUACAUUACCACUACACAUCAUUUUAACAAACCUGCUGUUCUCAUGUGCCUGAGUCGUGUACUAAGCUGUUCCUUGUCUGAUGUACAAGAUUAUGGCUUGUGGUUGAAGGACAGAAAUCUACUUUACUGCUUAGUACUAUUAUUAGUACAUGCUUAAUCUUACAGCAAAUAUUUCUCUCUUCUUUGACCUCUGUUGAUGUUCUUAUGGUUACAUUUAUUAAUAGGAAAUAGUACUUAUUAGAAAUAACAUGAAAGAAUUUGCUCCCACAUUCAGUAACGCUCACUGUCUUAUAUUUAGCGCACUACUUAGGAUGUGGAGGAAUAUCUGAAACAUAUGAUGUCACAAAAGCUGUAUUUGAAAGUGUCUUUUUAUCUUUGUUUCAGUGUGUAGAUGAUCCUGAAGUGUGCGAAAGGUCAUCGAUUUGCCUUAAAAAGUAAACACCACAUGCUCAGUCAGUGUGUUAAAUGUAGUCACAGGCAGAAAACUAGUAGCUGGUGAUUAGUGCUUUUACUAUGUUGUGCAUAGAAACUCAGUUCUGUUACAAUAAAAAAAGACCUGCA